AUGUCCCGUGUAGCUUUUCUUGUUAUGUGUGUCCAGGCUUGCCUUCAGUCUGCCCUUAGCAAUCAACCAUGCGGUUGCAGUCAAAUCUCUUACGACUCCUCCGGACUCGAUAUCGGUGCCAUUGAAAAAUACAGCUCACUUAGCUUGAGCGCGCCCAGUGUCAGCUUGAGCGCGCCCAGUCUCAGCUUAAGCGCGCCUUCCCUCAACCUGGGCGCGCCAGCUCUCAGUCUAAGCGCGCCCGCCUACGCGUACGGAGGCUCGGGCACCGGGCAGGUCGGCGUGUCCGGCGACGUCGGCGCGAGCGGCACCACCGUCGUCGUCGGCUCCGUGCCCGUGCUCGGCACCGUCGAGUUCAAGGGCAUAGUGCCGGCGUCCGGAUCGGUUUCUAUUUCCGGACAGUGCGGAUGCGGAUGCCAGUGA